AUGUCUUCCUCGACCUGCAUAUCAAGCAAUUCAAAUUUAAAACUCGAACCCAAAUCUCGAUUUUCAAAACCCAUGAAUUCUUGUGGUGAUAGUAGUGAAAUUAGACAUGUGACAGUUGUCGAUAGUAAAUCAUGUAGGCAAAUCUAUUUAAGAACUGCCUAUACAUUUACGAGGCAGGAAGAUUACAACGAUCAAAAAAGUAUUGAGAAGGCUAAGAAGUACUUGGGAAGAGUUAGAGACAUAGUUUAUAAAAGAGAUCACCAACAUGACCUAAAUCUUAAGGUCAUUAAAACAAAGAGUGUCUCAAAUAUUAAGGGUAUAAUGAUAUUUAGUAAGGUAAAAGAGUUUUCUUACAUUUCUAUUUUGUCUAUGAUCCGUAGGAUGCUUUCUUGUACUGCAAAAGUUGAUGUUAUUGAACAUUAA